UUCGCAGGCGUCUUUUCGAAAUUUGUAUCAGUUAUUGUUUAUCAUUUUGGUUUCAGCUUCUCUUAUUUUCUUGAAAAAUAGAGAAGAUGCCGCGUAGAAAAAAGGCGAGAAAGAAUCAAACUAGUCGUAUGCGGCCGGUGCUUCCAGAGGGCGAUCUCGACUCUUCAAUGAGCAUCGAUGAACGCAAAGCAAAGUUGGAUAUUUAUUUGAAAGAUUUAAACAUGCAAGUUCAAGAGAGAGUGGAAAAGAUGAAAGCCAGGGGUUAUGACAUGAUCUGUAAAGUGAAAGGAGCUUUUUCUUUGGAGAUCUUGAAACUUCCAAUGAACAUUAGAAAGAUGAAGCUGAGUGAUUAUCGAGCUCAGGGUGGUGAGGUGAAUGAAACUGCUCUAAAUGAGGCUUCUAAACUUGUAACUGAAAUGACAAGAUCAGUUCUACAACCUACAACAAAAGCUACUACAAGAGAUCCAUUCACUGAACUUGGAAACCUGCCAUUGAAAACUCCAUCAGGAAUCAAAGUCAAAAGUGAGGAUCAGACAGGAAAUGUGAAACUAAAUGAACCUGGGUUCUUGGAACCAACCACAGCUCCAAGAUCACUGCGUCCAAGAAAGAGAAAAGACAUGUCUCCUAGCACAGUGGAUAAGAACACAAGAUCAGCCAAGACUCGCAAAACAAAAGAUAGCAUUACAGUUGCACCACCUUCUACUGGGAAACGCACAAGCAAAAGGAUACAACCCAAAGCUCACUUUGCAACACCAGCAGUGAGGGGAAUUCCUUACAGCAACACACCAAUGGUGACACCAAAGUUUGACCCACGGUUACCAGUGACUCCUGCCUUGCUGCGAGAACCAAAAGUUGGUGAAAGUAUCAUGUCUCUGAACGGAUCGCCCAUUGUUAAUAGCGCUCCAGCCCCAAACACACCGCAGCUUUCUAUUUCCCUUGGUAACGGACGGAGGAUUCAACUUAAUCCCACCUCUCACCUGAGCCCGUCGCAAUCGACGAUUCUGAACGACGCCGCAAGGAAGAAUGUGGAAUUAUUGCAGCAAAAGCUUUCACAGCUCCUGGCCAUGCCAACUCCAGCAGAGAAAAAGUGAUUCUUAAUUUCCUUUUCUGUCAGUACAUUUUAUUUUGCUGAUGACAAGAAACCUAAGUUAACACUGUACUAAGAUUAGGACUUAUGAAAAAAUGUUGAAAGCGUGUUAUUUGAUUGUUUAGAGCAAUUUUUUAAUUGAAUGUCGAAAGUAAUGUGGCCGCUUUUUGAUUGGUCCAGAAAACUUGCGUCACCCUCACGACCAAUCAUAUGCAAAACUGAACCAAUCACGAUUUGGUUGCCCACGUGCCCGCGCUGUAGGCAGUUUGGUCGGUUUUACUUUGAGUUCUCAUUGGCUCUUAAAGAUACCUUCCUCUAUUCUGAUUGGCCUUUGUGAUUACCUUAGUUUUUGUUUUUCUGACACUUGAUUGAAAAGUGCUCCAUGUAUGUUUGUGUUUACUUGUUUUAUUCACUUACUAUGCUCUGAGAAUUUUUCACUUCAGUGUGUCUUUCAACAUAGAACUAUUCAGAUGUGAGAUUGCAAAACAACCCGAAAAAACCUUUGUGUUUAUCAAUUUGGAAUUGCAAAAUUGACUUAAAAUAUUAGAUAAGUGUUGGUUAGAUUGCUGAAUUUUUCUCUACAGCGGGCUGGUUAUUGAGCAUUAAAUAACUGUUACAUUUUCGUCUUUCCUUCCCUGUUUCAAUAAUACUGCCUUGUUACAUUUUCCAACACGACGGCUAAAACUGAAGUAACAAAAUUAUGACACUGCUAGAGAAAUUAGUAUCAUUCAGUAAACCCAAGUUAGGUGUAUUUUUUAUCAUAACGCAACAUUCGAUUUAGUCACUUGGUUUUUCAUACGUUUUUCAAAAAAUACUGCGUGCGGAGAUGUUUGAAUAGCAGGGGUGUUGAUUGAGAGAAAAAUUUCAUUAUCAUUUCCUUGAUGAUUGUAAUUUUUUGGAGUGUAAUUUCUGGUAACAUACUUCCUAUUUGAACCGCGUUCUUUUACUAUUAGCAUUAUUUUAAAACCCACUCUAGAAACUUUAGACGCCUUGCAUUGUCUUAUCUUUGCUUAGGGCGUCGAUUAAUUCGAAGCUUCAAACUUACCCUCCCCUUCGGGCAAUCCCCCGGGCAUUUGAUCUUUUGAAGAUUGUUUUGUUCAAAUUCCCUCCACCUAGGGCAAAAAUUGUAUUCAAAUGCCCCACCCAAUUUUUUUUUUGCAAAAUGCAGAAUCAGCUUGCUGCGUGGCUUGCUACAUAUUGACCAAGCUUCAAAACGUAGACCUUGUAGAUCUUUUUUCUGAGCCAUUCGCUUGCGAAAGUGGACUAUUUACCUGGAGCACCUCCAUAUUUAAAAAUAUAAAACUUUUAUUCCGCGGAAAGACUUGUCACUACCGGUUCAAAUUUCCUCACACCGGUUCAAAUACCCUUACACCAGCCAGGCAAGGUUAAAAUUCCCUACCACUGGGCACGGAAGAUGGUCAAUGUCAGUGGGUUGCCAGGGGGAUGUUGAAGCUUCAAAUUGAUCGGCGCACAAGUCGCUCCAAUCAUCUCAACUUUAGAGAAAGCUUUAUUGGGAAAAGAAAACUAAAGCAAAUAUUCCUGUGCUUGAGCCUCGAAAAUAAUCUUGUAAAUAAUUAUACUUAGCACAAGAAACAAUGGGGUAAACUAUUCAAAACAACGAAUUAUCUGAACGAGACCAAUAUUGAUAAAAUGACUCAAAAUCAAAUUUUGUUUUCUGUUUUGAAUAAACCUUUCAAAGUGCUUCACAUGGAAUGGACAAGAGCAAUAUGAAGAAUUCCCAGAGCGUUCCAUUCCCUGAAAGUCUGCAUUUCUUUUUAUAUCAUUAGGAAACUUAAAAUAACCAGUCGUAUGCCUCGAAUUUGUCUCAAGCAGAUAACACACUUAGCAUCUAUUAGUCUUUCUCAGCGACCGAUCAAAAACUAAUCUCAAACUCCAUCGUGCUCGCAAUGUAAUAUCAAGCCAAGGAGCGAUAAGCACAUCCACUUGGUUAUUUCCAUUUGAUUUCAUUCAAUCAAAAUGUGAUAUUUUCUUGCACGUUAGGUUUCGAUAAGGUUAACCAUUUCCUUUCGUUUGGUUCCGUGCACAAACUUAUAGCGGAGCUCGCAUCGUGCAGCGAAGUCCCAUACUUAUAAAAAGUGGUAGUGACCCAUAUUUGAGCUGAGGGAAAGUAAAAUUAUUUUGAGGAAACUGACUGUCGAGUUAGCUGACAGCUUAUAACUGAAAAAAUUGGGGUCAAACACUAGGGAAAUUGGAUCUUGUUCGUGUUAACCUGAGGUAAGAAUUAACUGAGUUCGAGUUUGCGGGGUUCUUCUGUACCGCACUAUGAGAAAAAAAAUGUAAAACUUUGACUUGUGGGUGCACACUUGAUAUAAAAUAAGUGUAAGUCCUGUUUUCUUGUGUACUUGUGUAUAUUUUAACGGAUAACCUUAAGUAUUAUGUUCAUUGCAUGAAUUACAGAACCGUUAUGUUACAAGUCAAAGUGUUGUCAUACCAAUUUUUUGCCA